CGAAAUCAUAUUGAGUGAACUUCCUGAACAAACAGCGAAGGAAGUGGCGGACAAGAUUACCAUUGCUCUCCGGUGACUACAGGACUGUUUUUACACCUUCCCUCUAAAUAAGGAAGCAGCUUGUCAGACAUAUGACCACCGUCCCAUUUUGGGCUCUGCCAAAGUACCCCAUCGCAUCCCAUGAUCGCUCAAAGCCAUCCAAUGGGACUCUGCGACCCCCAUCUCGCAUGUAGAGUGACAGCGUCCGACCCUACUCCCAUCAGACUUGCGACUGCAGUUUCAGCGCUUGCAGUACAGACAGUACUUGCUGGCUUGCAACUUUCUCUCUCGCUCGCUAUCUCUAUCUCUCUCUCUUUCCCCUCCCUUAGGAUACUUUGUUUGACGGGGCAGCGGUGAAGUCAGAGUGAUGUCACUAUAAGGAUGCGGUUCCUUGCAAGGUGAGAUAGGCUUUUUGGUGAGUGGUAGGCUAUCCUCCACGGCCAGCGUUGCCCAGCGAGAGAGGCGCGGAGCUACAAAACAUGGUCAUCAUCACCACCACCACCACCACAAGUUCUGUCACGCUCUCUCCUUUUUCUACUCUUCUGAUCUCGGGAUACCGUUUCAUGCCCGAAGCCCUGAUCUGCCUUCCAAAAAUAAGCCUCUACCACCAUGCCGAAGGAAGAAAAACAAGAAGAGUGGUAUUUUUAGGGCCAUUAAUUUUGACCACGUGCCCCGAAGGUAAACCGGAUGGCCAUUGCGCAAAGGUUUCUCAUCAGUAUGUCCUACGAGGCCAGCACGCACUGGACGUUGACUGCGAUUGUUCUCCUAGGAUUCCUAGUUGGGAUUGUGUCAUCAUAUCCGAUUCCAAGCAGGACUAAUGCAACUUUAUUGGAGAAAAGAUGGGAGACUCUAUUCUCCCGGUCCAUUCUGGGUAUCUCGGGAGAGAAAUCGGACAUGAACUGGGAGAGUGACUAUUUGCUGGGCAUCAAGAGAGUGCGGAGGCUGUACUGCAACGUGGGCAUCGGGUUUCACCUUCAGAUCCUCCCAGACGGCAGUAUAAACGGUGUACAUAAUGAAAACCAGUACAGUCUAAUAGAGAUCUCUACCGUGGAGCGAGGAGUGGUUAGCCUGUAUGGCGUGAAAAGUGAGCUGUUUUUCGCAAUGAAUAGCAAAGGAAGGUUAUACGGAACGACCGUCUUUCGGGAUGAGUGCAAGUUCAACGAGAUCUUGCUGCCAAACAACUACAAUGCCUAUGAGUCCUCCGUUUACAAGGGUUUCUAUGUUGCCCUCAGUAAGCAUGGCCGAGUGAAGAGAGGCAACAAAGCCACCACCGCCAUGACUGUCACCCACUUCCUCCCCCGAAUAUGAGUGGACAUAAACAAGCUUUGCAAUAACUCACUGAUUUGCACAUGUGGAUGUUCUCCCAGGUAAUAGCUACAUACCAGAAUGCAUAUAUACACACGACUAUGGAUGGACUGGAAGCAACACUAUAAUUAUUGGUAUUUAUUCUCUCUUUAUAUAUGUAUAUUUGUAUAGCUAAAUUUGUAUUAGAACUUAUGUAUAUGCCAUCCUUUGCUGCUUCUUUUCUCUUUUAUUUUGUUAUUGUUAUUGAUUGAUUAUAGAUUUUUUUGGAGGUUGUGCCAGCCUCUUGACUUCACUUGGGUGCUUGCCAAAACUGUCAGAGUCAGAGACUUUACCCUUGACAUUGAGAUGACUGAUGUUCCCUCAGCUUUUAGAAGUGAAGUGAUACUUUUUAUUACCUCAGAAAAAAAGGGAAAAAAAAAAGAAGAGCCACACGUCCGGAUAAAGAGAAUGCAUGAUGUUGUUUUUGCAGAUAAGGAAUGCCUGUUUAGUUUUUGUCUCCUCGUGGCUAAAACCGUACGGCGGCGUGUCGACGCCUCUGCGCCUCGUGGCGGUUUCGUUUUUUGUGACUGAUUGAAGUUCUUUUUUUUUUUUUUUUUUUUUUGUGGAAGCGGACGGGAGACGUGAGAGCACUUACAUGCAGAGCCCCCUUUUUUGCUGCAUGCUGAGAAGGUGCCUUGGCAUUCCCUUUAACUUGCAUGCACGAAACGCCCCAGGCAGUCAGAAAUAGGGCUGACAUGCAAGCCAGCGCUCACUGGGGACU